UAGUCGAAAAAUUUCAUUGAAACGCUUUGGAGUGGUGGAGUGUGGUGAUAGUCGUCAGUUUGCACAAUAAGAAGGAUAUUUGUUUAAAGCCGAGACCCAAAAUUGUUAAUCUAGCUGUGCGUUUGGCCGAUGGACAUGACAUUUGAACACGAACACAACACUGUUACCACGCCUGAGAAUUGAACCGACUACGACGAUUGGAAAAGUCGAUGAGAAUUUCUAUAUAUACAAAUUCUUUUUGUGUAAAUGUCGAUAAACAUUUUCGCUUGUAACGCAACAACCUUUAGAUCGCGAAUUCUCAGAGUUCCAUUAUAAUCAGAAGCAUGAAAUGAAAUAAAAGGAAAGUGGCAGAGUGCAAGGGAGAAAGAGAAAAGGACCUGGAAGAGUACACACACAUGAUAUGAUAUGUAAUUAAUGCCCAACAACACAAUACAGUAAUUGCAGAGGAGAGGGCGCAGUGCAGAAGAAACCGCAGAGAAGAGAACACGAAGCACCCGGACGGAGUCACGAUCGCAGUUCGAUCCGUUGUGAACACCCCCUAUCGCUGAUCUGAUUGUGAACGAGAUGGAUAACCUCAUAACGAUUGUAAACAAGCUGCAGGAUGCGUUCACAUCGCUGGGCGUGCACAUGCAGUUGGAUCUGCCGCAAAUCGCGGUGGUCGGCGGCCAAUCAGCUGGCAAGAGCUCCGUGCUGGAGAACUUCGUUGGCAAAGAUUUCUUGCCGCGUGGCUCUGGUAUCGUGACCCGCAGACCCCUGAUAUUGCAGUUGAUCAAUGGAGUCACCGAAUACGGCGAGUUCCUUCACAUUAAAGGCAAAAAGUUCUCAAGCUUCGAAGAGAUCAGAAAAGAGAUCGAAGAUGAGACGGAUCGUGUGACCGGCAGCAACAAAGGCAUUUCAAACAUUCCAAUUAAUUUGCGCGUCUACUCGCCGCAUGUACUCAAUCUGACCCUUAUUGAUUUGCCUGGCCUGACGAAGGUGGCCAUUGGCGAUCAGCCGGUGGAUAUUGAGCAGCAAAUUAAGCAGAUGAUAUUCCAAUUUAUUCGCAAAGAGACUUGUCUCAUCCUGGCUGUGACACCGGCCAACACGGAUCUGGCCAACUCGGACGCCCUCAAGCUGGCCAAGGAGGUGGACCCGCAGGGAGUGCGCACCAUCGGCGUCAUCACAAAGCUGGAUCUUAUGGACGAGGGCACCGAUGCCCGGGACAUUCUCGAGAACAAGCUGCUUCCUCUGCGCCGUGGCUACAUUGGUGUGGUCAACCGAUCGCAAAAGGAUAUCGAGGGACGCAAGGACAUCCACCAGGCGCUGGCGGCCGAGCGCAAGUUCUUCUUGAGCCAUCCCUCCUACCGGCACAUGGCCGACCGUCUUGGUACCCCCUACUUGCAGAGGGUACUCAACCAACAGCUCACCAACCAUAUACGAGACACGUUACCUGGCUUGCGAGACAAGCUGCAAAAGCAGAUGCUCACCCUGGAGAAGGAGGUGGAGGAGUUCAAGCACUUUCAGCCCGGCGAUGCCAGCAUCAAGACGAAGGCUAUGCUCCAGAUGAUUCAGCAGCUGCAAUCGGACUUCGAGCGAACUAUAGAGGGCAGCGGCUCCGCAUUGGUCAAUACAAAUGAGCUCUCAGGCGGCGCCAAGAUCAAUCGCAUUUUCCACGAACGUCUGCGAUUCGAGAUCGUUAAGAUGGCUUGUGACGAAAAGGAACUGCGGCGAGAGAUCUCAUUCGCCAUUCGGAACAUCCAUGGUAUUCGCGUUGGUCUCUUCACCCCGGACAUGGCGUUCGAGGCGAUUGUGAAGAGGCAAAUAGCUCUGCUCAAGGAGCCGGUCAUAAAGUGUGUCGAUCUAGUCGUACAGGAACUUUCUGUGGUUGUGCGCAUGUGCACAGCUAAAAUGAGUCGAUACCCACGCUUGCGUGAGGAGACCGAACGUAUUAUCACAACACAUGUUCGCCAACGCGAACACAGCUGCAAGGAGCAGAUCCUGCUGCUGAUUGACUUUGAGCUGGCCUACAUGAACACCAACCAUGAGGACUUCAUUGGUUUCGCCAAGUGCGUAUUGAAAAUCUCGCUUUGUUACCCAAAACGUUUCCUGAACUUUCCUUCGUUUGCUUACAGCGCUCAAAACAAAUCAGAGAAUGCCAACAAGACCGGCACUCGUCAGCUUGGCAACCAAGUCAUUCGUAAGGGCCACAUGGUCAUACAGAACCUUGGUAUCAUGAAAGGUGGAUCGCGUCCCUAUUGGUUCGUGCUGACCUCCGAGAGCAUCUCCUGGUACAAGGACGAGGACGAGAAGGAAAAGAAGUUCAUGCUGCCGUUGGAUGGUUUAAAAUUGCGUGAUAUUGAACAGGGAUUUAUGUCAAUGUCUAGACGUGUUACAUUUGCUUUAUUUAGUCCCGAUGGACGUAAUGUUUAUAAGGAUUACAAACAACUGGAGCUGUCGUGCGAGACCGUGGAGGAUGUGGAGUCGUGGAAGGCCUCCUUCCUGCGAGCCGGUGUCUAUCCCGAGAAGCAGGAGACCCAGGAGAAUGGCGACGAGUCGGCCAGCGAGGAGAGUUCCAGCGAUCCACAGCUAGAACGGCAGGUCGAGACCAUCCGCAACCUGGUUGACUCCUACAUGAAGAUCGUGACGAAGACCACGCGAGACAUGGUGCCCAAGGCAAUUAUGAUGCUGAUUAUAAACAAUGCCAAGGACUUUAUCAACGGAGAGCUUCUGGCCCAUCUCUAUGCGUCUGGCGAUCAGUCCCAGAUGAUGGAAGAGUCGGCAGAGUCCGCUACGCGACGAGAGGAGAUGCUGCGAAUGUACCGAGCUUGCAAAGAUGCUUUGCAGAUCAUAGGUGACGUAUCCAUGGCAACUGUGUCCUCGCCCUUGCCUCCUCCAGUUAAAAAUGAUUGGCUACCCAGUGGUUUGGAUAACCCACGUCUUUCCCCUCCAAGUCCAGGUGGUGCCCGUGGCAAACCAGGACCUCCCGCACAGAGCUCCUUGGGUGGACGGAACCCACCCUUGCCACCAGCUACAGGCCGCCCAGCUCCAGCGAUUCCCAAUCGCCCAGGCGGUGGGGCACCACCACUACCCGGCGGUCGUCCCGGCGGAGCUCUGCCCCCACCAAUGUUACCAUCACGUCGUUAAAUUGUUGUCAGCAUCGAGAAACAUCUAUGGGGAUGAACUUCAGAACAGUAGCUUGCUGACGAUUUAACCAACACAAUACCCAAUUAUAGUAUACUUUCAACAAUUGUAAUUUGAUAUUAUUCCGGCAAAAUCCAAAAGCUAACAACGAUGGGAAAUCGAUACAUUUAAAUCGCUUGCGUAUUAUUGUAGUCAUAUAUAUAUAAUCUGAAAGCGUUAAAACUGAUAUAAAUUCUUACUAUGUGAAAAGCAAAUAGUCGAGAUGCACAUGAUUUCUUUAAUUCCAUAAGAUGUUUUUCGUAAUGUCUACUUUCCUGUGUAGAUAUAAUAUACAUACUAUACAUAUAUAUGUACAAAUGUACGUGCAUUUGUUCGUGCAAGUCUAAUUAUUAUUACUAUUAUUAUUAUUUGAUGUCCCCUUUUCAACGGCAUACGCUCAAAAGUUUGUAAACUAUUUGUAUGGGCAGAUGCUUAGUGACGAUAUUAACCAAUGAUCUUAAUUAUAUAGCUAACUAUUAAUAAAUAGCUUUCGUUAACUGCAUUGUGUUGUUGUUGAUGUUAAACUAUACAAAAGAAACCCAAUUAAAUUAGAGAAUGUUAGGUAAAGCAACGUUAAAAACAUUUCAAGUCAGUCACAAAGUAUUUCCUUGAACUUUAAAGCAAACUAAAAACUAAUCAAAUAGAUAAAUACCCCUUCCAUUUUAUCGAAAAAGUAAUUGCAAAUAUCGGAAUUAAAACAUAUUAAGUGCUUUCGUUUUUCUGAUCUCCCAUUUGCAUUCUUCCAUUUUUUGUAAAUUGAAAAAUGAGUUGGUUGAUAAACAUUAACUAUUUGUUUGCCAUGGAGCUUCUGUUACUCUCUUUUAUGUAAUUUCUGUAAGAAAAAAACAUUGUAUUCCCCUAACGAUAAAAUGUAUCGAUUGUGGAAUUGCUAGGUGUCCCGUUUCCAAGAAACGAUUAAGUUAAUCGAUUACAUUAACGCUUAUUUGUACUGUCCAUUCCUUUCAGCAAACGUUUUUUUGUGUAAUUCCAAUGAAAAUAUUUACAAAAUUAGCUGUGCAUUGAACAGCCAUUCAUUUGAGUGAUUUGUAUCGAUUCCCAAUAACAAAAACUAUAUUAUUUAACAUAACUUAAUAUGGCAAUAUCAAGUAUACUUUGGUUUUGACAUUAGACCAGCGAUCGGCAUAUUCCAGAUGUAUUCCGAUCGCUGAAUUAGAUCGAUUUUUUGCCACCGCAACUAUAAACUAAUAUACAUACGUGUUUCCAAUAUUUAUAUGUAAAAUGUAUUAUUUUUAAUGUUGAUUACAAAUAUAAGUCAUGAAAAUA